UGAAUUCAUAGCCCUAACUGUAGAAUAGUCAAAUCCUAUUAUUAACUUUUGACAUCAAAAAAACACUAAGCCUAUUAAUAGGAUAAAUUUUGUAUUAGAUUGUGGCUUGCUAUCAAAUAUAGGACUGGAAUGAAAAUUAGAGGAAAAUGUGGUAUACCACUUUUUUAGGCACAUUCCUUAUUUUAUGAUUAUGCACAAUCCUUAUAAUAGAUUUCUUUCUGGCAAUAUAUAACAAAUCAUCCAUUCUUAUACAAAGAUCUUAAAAAAUAAUAAAAGUGUAAAUAUACAUACCUUCAAAAUAAGAAGAAAAAAAAGAGUGCAUAGGCCGGGCAGGACCAUGUUGAGUGCUUAACAAAUUCAAUUAUUUUGGUCUAUCGUGCCCUGAGCCCUGCGCAAAAAAAAAAAAAUAAUAAUAAUAGAGGUCGCCCCCAUUAGUUUUAUUAAAUUUUAAUAAGAAAAGGGAAGAUUGAUUUUGCAAACAAUAAUUAAAAGCCAUGGAGUUUGCAAAUAAUAAAAUUAAAAUCCCCUUUUUCAUUUUUGUAACCAUUUUGGUGGCCAUUAUUCCUACUACACAAGGUAACAUUGUAGGAAACAACACUGUUAAACAGCAUGAACACGAUGAAUGGUUUCAGAGAAAACUUGCUGAAGCUUAUAAUGCUUCAUUACAAGCCUAUCAUCAUGAACCUACUGAAGUUAUGGAUGAAUUUAACUACCAUGUCCAUCGGUCAUUAGAAGGAACCAAUAGUACAAGAAGAGGGCUAGGUAGGUACAGGGGUGCAUGCAAGGCUCAAAACCCAAUUGACCGUUGCUGGAGGUGCAAGGCUAAUUGGGCUCAAGACCGAAAAAGAUUAGCGGAUUGUGUUAAGGGUUUUGGACGUCGGACCACCGGAGGAAAAGACGGUCCGUAUUAUGUUGUAACAGACCCUGCUGACGACAACGUUGUUAACCCCAGGCCAGGAACCCUCCGUUUUGGGGUGCUUCAACCUGGUCCCUUGUGGAUUACAUUUGCUAGGGAUAUGAGGAUUGUGCUCACUGGAGAACUAUUGGUGACAAGCGACAAGACGAUCGAUGGUCGUGGUGCACAAGUCCGGAUAGCCGAUGGUGCUGGGAUCACCAUCCAAUUUGCUAACAAUGUCAUAAUUCAUAACAUUAAGAUUCAUGACAUUAAGCCUGCUCUUGGAGGACUAAUUAGGGACACACAUGACCAUGUUGGCAUUAGGGGUGCUGAUGAUGGAGAUGGUAUCAACGUCUUUGCCUCCACCAACAUUUGGCUCGACCAUCUUUCUAUGUGGAAUUGCAGAGAUGGUCUUAUCGACAUCGUUAAGGGUUCUACGGCCAUCACCCUUUCUAACAACCAUUUCACCAGACACGACCAUGUGCUGUUGUUUGGUGCUAGUGAUACUGAUCCAAAGGAUGAGAUCAUGCAAAUAUCACUGGCAUUUAACCACUUUGGAAAGGAGCUUGUCCAAAGAAUGCCAAGGUGUAGAUAUGGUUUCUUCCAUGUUCUCAACAACGAUUACACACACUGGAUAAUGUAUGCUAUCGGUGGUACUUCGCAUCCCACCAUCAUCAGCCAAGGCAAUCGAUUCAUCGCUCCUCCAAAUCCUACAGCUAAAAUGAUCACAAACAGGAACAAUGUUGUUGGCGAAGAAUGGAAAAAAUGGAUAUGGAGAUCAGAGAAUGAUGUGUUCUUGAACGGAGCUUACUUUGUAGAAUCAGGACACCCCUUAGACCAGAGGCGUUUCAAGAAAGAUUUUAUCAAAUCAAAACCUGGAACAUACGUGAGGAGGCUUACCCGAUUCGCGGGUCAGCGCAGAUGUAUUGUUGGAAAAAGCUGUUAGAUGUAACAUAUGUUUUUCGUUUUUACAACAUUUAUGCAAUUAAUACACUUUUUUCUCUUGUUUGGUCUUACA